CUACUCCUACUACUACUGCUACUACUCCUACUCCUACUCCUACUACUACUAUACUCUACUCCUACUCCUACUACUACUCCUACUCCUACUACUACUACUACUCCUCGUCCUACUACUCUUCCCACUACUCAUCCCAUUUCUCUUCCUUCCCAUCGUCCUACCACUCGUCCUACCACUCGUCCUACUACUCGUUCUACCAUUCGUUAUACCAUUCUUCCUACUACUCGUCCUCAUCCUACCACUCGUCCUCGUCCUACCACUCGUCCUCGUCCUCGUCCUACCACUCGUCCUCGUCCUACCACUCGUCCUCGUCCUCGUCCUACCACUCGUCCUCGUCCUCGUCCUGUCCGAUGGAACUGCAGGGAGGGUCCUCGGCUGUAUGGCGCCAUGCAGAUUGAUGCUGGAAUGGGAAAAGUGGUUGUAGCAGACAAGUACAAACGGCCGUACUUCCUCAGUGGAGUUGCCUUGUACAGACUGGGCAGAAUGGGCAUGAAGCAUGUCUCAGUGGGAGCUGGGGGAGUGUGGGGAAGUAGCAACGCCAACAAGGUGUACAAAUAUGUAGCUGGAGACUUCAGACUUGCCAAAGGUCUGUCUAUGUACCAGGUGGAUGCUGGCGGUGAUGGUCAGAUUGUUGGAGUAGGAUCCGGCAGCUAUAACACCUACUGUCUGAAGGAGAAGACAGCUUUGGACUACUGUGGACGAGGCACCCUGAGCUGGAGUUACCUCUCAAGAAAGAUGAUGUACUACAGCUGUGGCUCAAAGUGGGGAUGCUGGGGAGUCGACAAACGUUACAGGAUCUGGGUCACAAAGAAUAUAUCACCAACCAACUGCCGCACUAGUGGCUGGAGAGCUGUGUCAGGGCCAAGAAUGAAAAUGAUUGAAGUGUCGUCAGACGGGAAAGUUUUUGGCGUGACUACAACUGGCAAGAUCUACCAAAGAGCUGGCAUCACCAACCGUUGCAGACAAGGCACACGCUGGCUUUACGUCCCAAUGUGCAUGCCUGUCAGACACGUGUCCUACGACCUGUGCAAUCUUUGGAUUGUGACCACCUCUGGUUUGAUCAUGAAGUGCUCACACUAAUGUCAUCAGUUUGGCAGAUGUUUAAUGUGCAUCAAUCUCUGUCUUGGCUUUCAUCCCUUUUAACUUAUAUCCUAUCUUUUUAAAAUCUCUGGUGUAACUUCAUUCAUCCUCUCUUCAUUAGACUACUGUUUAUUUGGGAAUCAGUGAAAACUAUUGCUGCAAGUACUUGAUUCGUAAAUAUAUUGUGGUUCUUUCUUAAAUGAUUCAGCAUCACUGCACAAAAUCUCUGAUAAGCAUUUAAAUGAGACCGUCAAUUACUGAGAAACAAAGUUGUUUAAAAAGAAUUCCAACUCAUUGAACUGUAAAACAAAUAAAUGACAGUAACAUGUGUAUUGAAUGGAUUAUUCCCAGCAUGGAUAACCUUUUCCUGUACUUUCUUCUAUGUUAAUAAAUGAUAAUUGAAGCAAAUUCA